CGUAGUUCCUUCCUUCGUGGAGUGGCUAGCUUUAGCAUAUUUAAUUAUCCAUUUUGUCUCCUCCUUAUUCCAAAACCAUCAACAAUAAUCCUUCUUCCAAGUCCCAAGUUCCAAUGGCGGCAAAUUUCAUCCAUUAUUUCCCCACCACAAUACUCCCAACCCCCAACAGCAACUGCAGAUAUUACCUGCACCCGCCGCCGCCCCAGCGCCGUGGCUCGGUGCCUGUGCGCGUAAAAUGCAACGGGGACGCCAAAACCUCCGCGCCGCAACCGGAAACAGGAGAGGGUAAAGCCAAUAAUACCCCUCUCCCUCUCCCACUCCCAACAUUCCAAAAGCUUUUCAACAAUUCCAACCCUUUUUUCCGAAUCCUCCCGGCCAGACUGCUGAUGUCGGUUUACGCCUCUCGUCUCGUCAAUAGCUUGAAAAAUAGCCUAGUGUUCUCGGUGCAGCCAACAACAGAUGGUGGAUCCAAUGUGGGUGUUAAAUGGAAAUUAGGGUGGGAAAAAAUCGUUGUGACGUUGGGAAAGGGAAUCAAUGUCACUUCUCAGAAUAGCUUUGGAGGAAAGUUACUUCUUGGAAACUUGGAGACGAUUAUGGAUCCUCUUGUUCAGCUCAUGCCCAAUCUAAUGAAUUCGAAUUUGGCGGCGGAAGAGAAGUUGAAGAAAAUUGCAAUAUCCCUUUGUGUGGGUUUCUUCCUCCUCGUUCUCUCGCUCUUCUUUUUCCAGUUUUCUGUUCGUUAAUGCACCAAAGAUUACAUUUGCAGAGCAGAGAAACAAAUUGUGAAACUCCUGACACUGUAAUUUACCAAAUUCUUCUCUUCUUCUCAGCUGGAUACUGAAUUCAAUGAAAUUGUUGGGAUAAUACACCAAUUAUCUAUUUUA